UGUGUCGUUGUUCAUCACUUCAUUUUUACUGCGGCGCAUCGUCGCUGCAGGUUCGACUCCAAGAUGGCAUCGGAUUGGUUGAUCUGAAAGACCCCGCGUUCGACCCUGACUGCGCGUCUCAUUGGAAGAACUCGUUGCUCGCCUCCAGCCUCAGCCACCAUGACUUAUGGCAGAACUACGAUAGCCUCUUGCGAAGAGAAGACUUUGAUGUGAUAAGAACCUUCCAUCUUAGUACGUACAGCCUUGAAGUGGCCGAACGCGACAUUCUCGACCCUCGCGACAACGAUGCGACUACUUCAGCUCGAAAUAGAUGACAAAUUGACCAUCACGGAGGACCUUCUGCACGACAUUCCUCCUUAUGCCAUACUGUCACAUACCUGGGGGACCAACGAUGACGAGGUUACAUUCCAAGAUAUCAAGGAGAAUAAGGGGGAGGAAAAGUCUGGUUAUCAGAAGAUCGUGUUUUGCGGCCAGCAAGCUGAGCGCGAUGACCUGAAAUACUUCUGGAUAGACACGUGCUGCAUCGACAAGACCAGCUCUGCCGAGCUCACGGAAGCGAUUAACUCGAUGUUCCGCUGGUAUCAAAAUGCCCAGAAAUGCUACGUAUACCUUGCAGACGUUCCAUAUGGCGACUAUCAGACCCACGAACCGGCACGAUCGACGUGGAAGGUAGCAUUCCGGAAGAGCAGAUGGUUCACUCGAGGAUGGACACUGCAAGAACUUAUUGCGCCGCGUGCCGUGGAAUUCUUCUCUGCCCAAAGCCAGCAGCUCGGAAAUAAGAGCUCGCUAGAACAAACAAUUCAUGAAAUCACGCAGAUUCCUGUUCAUAUUCUUCGAGGGGAUCCAGUCUCACAGUAUGGCAUCGAGGAACGAAUUGAGUGGUCGAAAAAUAGGAAAACAACGCGACCCGAGGACAAAGCUUACUCUCUGCUAGGCAUACUUGAUCUAUCGCUGCCUGUCAUUUACGGCGAAGGGAGAAAUCGAGCUUUUGAACGACUCCGAACCGAGUUCUCGAUACGAUCGGCACAGGUCAGGGUGCUAGCAAAACUUCCUAUAGCUGAAGGUGCCUCUUUUGAUUCGCAUGCCGAGGAACAUAAUCCGUACUGUCUUCCCGACACGCGCAUCGAAGUCUUAGGAGAGAUAUUUAGAUGGGCUCAAGAUCCACAUUCAAAGACCGUUUACUGGCUGAAUGGCAUGGCUGGGACUGGGAAAUCGACCAUAUCCCGCACGCUGGCGCAUACAUUCGCCAAGAGUAGUGCCCUUGGCGCUACCUUCUUCUUCAAAAGAGGCGAAGGCGACCGCGGCGGAAUGUCGAAACUGUUCACCACGAUCGUCAGUCAGCUGAUUCGGCAAGUGCCAGGAAUGGCCGGACCUGUGGAGACAACUAUAGACGCCGACCCUACCAUCAUCACAAAGGCUUUACCGGAACAAUUUGACAAAUUGAUUAUGGAUCCAGUCUCUAAAAUAUUGCCCGGAAGUUCUACCUCUUACACAAAACCGAUUGUUAUCAUCAUCGACGCCCUCGAUGAGUGUGAACGAAAAAAGGAUGUAAAGGUUCUCAUCGAGCUGUUGUCGCGCGCUAAAACACUACCAAAUUUACAGCUUAAAAUCUUCCUUACAAGUCGCCCAGACCUACCUAUCCAACUUGGCUUCAAGGCUGUCGAUGGCAGGUACCAAGACUUCAUCCUCCACGAAGUUACAGAGCCGACCAUUGAACAUGACAUCGCUGCGUAUCUCAAGCACGAGCUUCGCCUAAUUCAGCAAGACUUCGAUAAAAGCAUAUCUCAAGACCGACACUUAUCCGCAAAUUGGCCAGCUGAGAACGACCUCCGGACCCUUGUCCGAAUGGCCACCCCCCUUUUCAUCUUUGCGGCAACGGUCUGCCGUUUCAUCUCCGACAGUCGAGUCGGAAGCCCAGAUGAACAGCUCAAAGAGGUGUUACAGUACCAAUCCAAAAGUCAAGAGUCUCAGCUGGACGCCACUUACCUUCCUGUUUUAAAUCAAAUGGUUAUUGGCCUUCGUCCAAAGGAUUUUACUCGGGUAGCAGAGCGCUUCCACAAAGUAGUAGGGUCGAUCGUCACUCUUGCCAGCCCCUUGUCUACUUCCGCACUUACUCAAUUGCUGGAUAUUCCAGUGGCUACAGUCGAUAAUGCGCUUAGGCCGUUGCAUUCUGUGCUUCAUGUUCCGCCGUCUCUAAAGCAACCUAUCAAGCUGCUACACCUAUCGUUUCGCGAUUUCCUAGUCGACCCAGCGAGGCGUGAGGAUCCGUUUUGGAUUGACGAAAAGGAAACCCACCGUCAACUAGCUGCCCAGUGUCUAUAUAUACUGGGUACUCUAAAAACUGAUAUCUGUGGUGUUCGAGCGCCUGGAACGUUUGCGUCAUCGAUUUCCCCGGACGAAAAAAACGCAAAGUUAACCUCCGAAAUCCAAUAUGCAUGUCGCUUUUGGACACAUCACCUUCAAGCAUCCGAAAUCAAUACGUCAGUAAUAAAUGACGUCUGGGACUUUCUCUCGUCACAUUUCCUUCAAUGGCUAGAGGCAUUAAGUUGGAUGGAUAGACUUCCCGAAAGCUUUCGUAUGGUUAAAGAUCUGCAAUUAUCGUUUUUAUCUGACGAAACUCAGCCAGCAAUCUCGCCGAAGAUAUCGGAAUUUUUGGACGACUCGGUGCGAUUUAUUCUAGCCACAAGCUCGAGCAUACAAAUCGCUCCCCUUCAAGCAUACUCGUCAGCGUUAAUAUUCUCACCUAAACAAAGCAAAGUUUGCAGCAUCUAUAAUCAAGAAAUAGCAGAUUGGAUAACCUUAAAACCGAAAAUGUGUUCGAGAUGGGGACAAAGCCUCCAAACUCUCGAGGGCCACACGGAUUGGGUAAGCUCGGUCGCGUUCUCGCGCGACGGCAAGACGAUCGCGUCGGCGUCGGACGACAAAACGGUCCGGCUCUGGAAUGCGAGUACGGGCGAGCUGCAGAGCACGCUCGAGGGCCACACGGAUCGGGUAAGGUCGGUCGCGUUCUCGCCCGACGGCAAGACGAUCGCGUCGGCGUCGGGCGACGAAACGGUCCGGCUCUGGGAUGCGGGUACGGGCGAGCUGCAGAGCACGCUCGAGGGCCACACGGAUUGGGUAAGCUCGGUCGCGUUCUCGCCCGACGGCAAGACGAUCGCGUCGGCGUCGGGCGACGAAACGGUCCGGCUCUGGGAUGCGGGUACGGGCGAGCUGCAGAGCACGCUCGAGGGCCACACGGGUCGGGUAACCUCGGUCGCGUUCUCGCCCGACGGCAAGACGAUCGCGUCGGCGUCGGACGACAAAACGGUCCGGCUCUGGGAUGCGGGUACGGGCGAGCUGCAGAGCACGCUCGAGGGCCACACGGGUCGCGUAAGGUCGGUCGCGUUCUCGCCCGACGGCAAGACGAUCGCGUCGGCGUCGGGCGACACAACGGUCCGGCUCUGGGAUGCGGGUACGGGCGAGCUGCAGAGCACGCUCGAGGGCCACACGGAUUACGUAAGGUCGGUCGCGUUCUCGCCCGACGGCAAGACGAUCGCGUCGGCGUCGGGCGACACAACGGUCCGGCUCUGGGAUGCGAGCACGGGCGAACUGUUACAAACCCUAGAAAUCGGGAUGCCUACAUAUAAGCUCAGCUUUAACUCCAAUUCUACGCAGGUGUUAACAGAUGUUGGAUCUUUUAAUAUCGAGCGUCAAUUUAAUGGCGUUCCGACCGGGGGAACUAUGGAUCUCCUAUCUGCCCUGGUCGAAGAUCACGGACAUCUUGCUGGGUAUGGUAUUAGUCAAGAUCGCAAUUGGAUCGAGUUCCAGGGGGGGAAAAUCCUAUGGCUGCCGGUGGAAUAUCGGCCGAUAGUAUCAGCCAUAAAUGGUUCAACUGUUGUUCUUGGAUGCACCUCUGGCCAGAUGUUGAUUAUGCAGUUUCACUAUCAAGCGGGACUUCUAUAUUAGUAAAAGCGAAGAAGCCCAAUGCCUUAUUUCUUCAUCUCUUUGCAAAGGAGGGACCUAGGGUUCACGCGUAAUAAAUACUUUGAUUAUCCGCCGUAGG